GGCUGUGAAAUUCCACCCAAUCAUAGGAUACUACUUGACGUCAUUCAUCAAUGGAAUGAGUAGGGUUUGAAAACAAGUCGUGUUUGUGUUCGGUGUUGGAAUUACACUUUUAUUUUUACAAUUUACAUUAGCAUUACCGAAAAUGGACUCUUUACGCGAACAAGUUAUGAUCAAUCAGUUUGUGUUAGCUGCAGGUUGUGCCAGAGAACAAGCCAAACAGUUAUUACAAGCGGCUCAUUGGCAAUUUGAGACAGCUCUGAGUAUAUUUUUCCAAGAGGCCGCUCUACCUACAUACUCACAGACUGCGACACAUUUUGGACAGGUAACACCGUGUAACACGCCAGCCACUCCGCCCAACUUCCCCGACGCUCUGAUGGCUUUCUCCCGCAUGUCCACCAAUGACAAACUCAGCUCUUCACCUUCACAAGGCGUUUCACCUCAACAGCAACAGCAGCCACAGCAACAAGUCAGAACAAACAACGGAGCCAGUUUAGGUGUUCUCAACAGAUAAGCCUCGUCCUCGCCCAGUCUAGUAACCUAGUGUAUAUAUAUGUCAGUCACGGACUCCUAGUGUGUACAUAUCAAUGGCUAGGUGCUCAUUGUCAUUAUGUGAUCAAUUAGUUCAUAUAAGUUUUGUAAGACUCGACCUGUAAAAGUUCAGUUGGUGAUUUGGUUGUCAAUGUUAUUUUUGUGACGGCACAAAUCAGUGUAUUAUUUUAUUUAUAUUUAGUUAAGCCCAAUAAAUCAUGAUACUGA